AUGCGUGGAACUUCAUUAUUUAAACUUUAUCUAAUACUUUCACAAUAUAUCAUCAGUUCUUUUGCAGCAUUUCCUCGUCAAAUUCCUCUUGUAUCAAAUAAUAAUAAUAUCGAUCAGCGAAUUAUCGACAUUUCCCAAACACAUACUUCCUCUCAACCCCAAAUCAAAACGAACACAAAAAUACUUAGAUUAAAGCAGAUAUUUCAUCAUGGUGUAAAUCCUUCAACAAAACAACUUUUUAAAAAGUUAAUUAUUAAAGAUAUCGAAAAUGAACUUCACACAACCUCUCCAAUUUUUAAUGAACACGUAAUCAAUAGUAUAUUUAUCGAUAACUCAAAAGAAAAUGGGGAGUCUAUAAAUGGUUUAAAUGAUAAGGAGAUACCUGCUAGAAAUAAAAAUACUGUAAUGUCUAUGGCUAAAAUGUCUUAUGAUGCUUACAUUGAAUUAGAAACAUUUAAAGAUAAAUGGAUUGAUUUAGACGAUAAUUGGAAUGAAUUACCAUUUGGAUGGGAUGAAAAUGGUAUUAGAGGUUAUGUUUUUUCUGAUAAAGAUAAUAAGACUGUUAUUGUUGCUAUAAAAGGAACGAAUCUAGCUUAUAUUAAUUUACCACAUGCUGGUAAACCACUUGAACAAAAUGAUAAAUUGAAUGAUAAUUUAAUGUUUUCUUGCUGUUGUGCAAAAGUUGAUAGAACAUGGAAAGGUGUAUGUGGAUGUUAUAAAGGUGGUUGGAAUUGUGAAGAUACUUGUUUAAGUGAAGAAGCGAAGAUUAAAGAUUCUUAUUAUAAUAUUGCUUUGAAAAUAUUUGAAAAAGUUAAAGCGGAUUAUUCCAAUGCCAAUACCAAUAUUUAUUUAACAGGACAUUCCUUAGGUGGAUCAUUAGCGUCAUUAUUAGCGAUCAAUUAUAACUUGCCGGCAUUUGCAUAUCAAGCACCGGGAGAAUUAUUAUAUGCAAAAAGGUUAGGAUUAAAUACAACUCACCACUCUCACAUCUAUCAUUUUGGUCAUACUGCCGAUCCUAUAUUUAUGGGUGUAUGUAAUGGUGUAGCAAGUGCUUGUUAUCAUUGGGGUUAUGCUAUGGAAACUAAAUGUCAUGUUGGUUUGACAUGUUUAUAUGAUACAAAAUCAAAAUUAGGUUGGAAAUCGAAUAUAUUUAAGCAUGAAAUAGUACCUUUUAUUGAAAAAGUUAUUGAUAAAUGGCAGUUUAUUACCAAUGGUAAAGAAGAAGUUGCCGAAUGCUUUAAAGAAGAAAAUUGUGAAGAUUGUAAAAAUUGGAAUUUCUUUUAA